GUUUCUUCCUGUCAGCGACACAUGUAGAACAAGCAGCUAACGGGACCCAGAGAGCCGAGCGAAGGACAGUCAAUCAUAGCCUCUGUGCCAGCCUCGUUAUUUCUUUUCCCUUUCUUUUGCCAAAACACGCACUUCUCGGUCUGAGGACAUCACGGCAUGCGUAGACCUGUAAUUACGCCUUGCAAUGGACUCCUUUUGUUCCAGCGAAAAAAAGAACACUAAAGCAGCAACAGUACAACGGGAACCAUCCAGUGGAAAUACUAUCUGAUAACUCCAUUUGCUCGGCACUCCGCUUGUUGCCAGUGAACAUCCGAGCUCACAAGUCCUCACUGAGGUUCGCUGUCGCGCGGAGCUGGAGGCCGACCGCGCGCGAUAGUGUAGGCAAUCGCUUGUUACCGGUACUUUUUUGGGACUGUUAUAGCCUGCCUGUUUACCUGCAUACCCUGCAAGUCAUUAACUUUACAACCAUUACUCUUAAAAGAGACAAACGAGGGACAAUGGUGAAUCCCGGAGGCAGCAGCCAGCCACCACCCGUGGGCACAGGUUCUCUGUCCUGGAAGCGGUGCGCAGGGUGCGGAGGCAAAAUCGCAGACCGUUUCCUCCUUUACACCAUGGACAGCUACUGGCACAGCCGAUGCCUCAAGUGCUCCUGCUGCCAGGCCCAGCUGGGCGAAAUCGGCACGUCGUGCUACACAAAAAGCGGCAUGAUCCUCUGUAGAAACGACUAUAUCAGAUUAUUUGGGAACAGUGGAGCUUGCAGCGCUUGUGGUCAGUCCAUUCCAGCCAGUGAACUUGUGAUGAGGGCACAGGGCAAUGUGUACCACCUCAAGUGUUUCACUUGUUCCACCUGCCGGAACCGGCUCGUCCCCGGGGAUCGGUUCCACUACAUCAAUGGCAGCCUGUUCUGCGAACACGACAGACCCACAGCACUCAUCAACGGCCAUUUGAGUUCACUGCAGACGAACCCACUACUGCCCGACCAGAAGGUGUGUUAGGUGGGGAGCCAUGCAGGAAGCAGGAUGUGUGCCUUCAUUUUAGCCCUUACUCAUUGUCACCCAAGACAGCGUGGAUCAGCAGCACCCCAGGCCCUUUGCCCCAAAGGAACCCUCUACCCAUCUUACCAGUUACCUGACCUUUAUUUCUGCUAACCCAUACCCAAAAACGCUCUGCCUUCAACCUUGGCUUUUCCACAAAUAUGGGCGGAUACUUGCACUUAAUGCACCUGUUACGGGACGCUGAGGACUCCAUAACCCUUGGAAUUAAAAAAAAUGCAUACAUAAAAGGAGACCAAUCAGAAUCCAAGGGGACUCUUGAGGAAGAGAAAAUUAAGUAACACACAAGAGGAUGUUGUGACUGAAGUGAGGAGAAGA